AUGAGUCACAUCUCCAGCUCCGUAGGGAUACCAAUUUUGGAUGUAGACGAUCGGCCGCAGCACGCCUUCAUGCAGGGCAGGUUAGGGUCAACAUCAUAA